AUGGAUUUAAAAGAUUAAUAAGAAUAUUAAUAAAAAUUAAAAGAGUUAGAAUAAGAUGACGAAGAAUAAUGGUGGAGAGCAGGAUAAAACGAUUAAUUCGAUUUAAAUAAAAAACUUUUUAGGGUAGGAUGUAGGCCGGCUUAUAGAAAAUUUAUUGAAUGUGACAAGUAAUAUGAUGAUAAAGAUAUAAUAACAUGUGAUGAAUUAAAAUAAGAUUUAUAGAAAUGCUUAGCAAUGUUAAAAUAUUUUUAUGGGACAACAGAAAUGUGA